GAUAUUAUAUACUAACAGUGUUUGAGCUGAAAUCACACAUCUGCUUGUAGAACAUCAACAGGUGGACUUUGCCCAAAUGCAUGUGCUUUUGUUUGCCCACGUGACCACAAUCAGCUGUCAAACAGUAUGGCGGACGAAAAUGAACCUUUACUGGACAAGGAAAAGACAAGACGCUCUCCAGAAAAAGUACCAAUCUGGACGUCUUGUCGGUAUGGCCUGGCUAUCAUGUCCACUCUGGGCUUCCUGAACGCGUACACCAUGAGGGUCAACCUCACCAUUGCCUUGGUUGCCAUGGUCAACCACACCCAGCAACCAGCUCUCAAUGGCUCAGAAGACUGCAUACAAAAUGUGAACAUCACCCAUGAUGAGAAGCCAGCAGAGUUUGGCUGGGAUGCCACCACCCAGAACACCAUCCUGGGGGCGUUCUACUAUGGAUACAUCUUCACACAGAUACCUGCAGGCUGGCUGGCAGGUCGGUUCGGAGGGAAGCUGGUAUUUGGGCUGGGGAUCCUGUUCACAGCUGUCUUCACCCUGCUGACACCCCUUGCAGCACGGACAGCCACAUGGCUGCUCAUUGCUGUCCGAGUGGCCGAAGGGCUGGCAGAGGGUGUUCUGUUCCCAGCCAUGCAUGCCAUGUGGAGGAGUUGGGCACCUCCCAUAGAGAGAAGCAAGCUGGUAACUAUUUCACUAUCAGGUGGAAACCUUGGCAUAAUGCUGGCCCUCCCUGUGUCAGGCAUUAUGUGUCAACAUUUUGGAUGGCCUGUGGUCUUCUAUGCAUUUGGUACUCUUGGCUGUCUGUGGUUUGUUGCAUGGAUGUUCCUAGUGUAUAACUCUCCCAGAGACCAUCCCAGAAUCUCUCAUAUAGAGAGGGAGUAUAUUGAGCAAUCACUGCUCAGGGAAGGGACUUCAUUAUCUAAGACUACCUCUACCCCUUGGCUGUCCUUUGCCACUUCUGUGCCGGUGUGGGGCCUCAUCAUCACACACAUCUGCUUCAACUGGGGAACAUACACCCUCUCCACCAACCUCCCAACUUACAUGAAGGAAAUACUGCUAUUUGAUCUCACACAGGAUGGUUUCCUGUCAGCCCUGCCAUACCUGUGCAUGUGGCUGGUACAGGUGUUGGGAGGGCAGCUGGCUGACAAGCUCAGGGAACAGCAGCUGCUCAGCACAGCAGCUGUCAGGAAGCUAUUCAACAGUUUGGGUAUGCUGCUACAAGGUGUUUUCCUGGUGCUGGCCGGGUAUGUGAGCUGUCACCAGCAGUACCUGGGAGUGCUGUUCCUCACCGUGGGGAUCGCCUCCAGUGGGCUGGGCAUGUCAGGCUUCCAGAUCAACCACCUAGACAUCGCACCCAGGCAUGCAGGUGUGCUGAUGGGCAUCACCAACUGUAUCGCAACAGUCCCCGGGUUUGCUGGGCCUGCAGUGGUGGGCUUUCUCACCAAACAUGCUAAAACCUGGCCAUCUCGGAAACUUCAAUGGCAGAAAGUGUUUUACAUAGCAGGGGGCAUCUAUGCCUUUGGGACUCUUACAUUUCUCCUGAUGGGGAGGGGCACAGUACAGGAGUGGGCCAAGGAGGAGUCGGAACAAGGACACAAAAAUACACAAAAAGGUCUACUUGUCAAUCAAGAUCAAACUCAAGAUGACACAAAAAUAGUUACUUAAGUAUUUAGGUUUCUACACUUUGUCUGACUUCUUCUUUAAAAAAGCAUAUUUUGUGCUCAUUUUGAGUAGGUAAGUAUCAUUAUCAAAUUUCUUUGUAUGACCUGUAAAUGAUACGGGCACUCCAAUGGCAAUGACACAUGUAAGAGUGCAUUUUAAAGUAUUGGUUUAUCGAUCCAAAUCUUCUCAGUUGAUGUCUUUAUUUUGAGGAUUUCCAAAGAAAAU